GGGACGUUUGAAAUUAAACAAGCAGCAGUGGCCAGGGGGAGGUGUUCAGGCAGUCGCACUUCUUUACUUUAUACACGAUUUUUGCCCUUGUUUUAUAUGUAUUUACCUUUUCACAACAUCGAACCGGCUUUUAAGAGUAGUUACAACGAAAACCCAUCUUGCUGUAACGUAGAGUUGAUAUUUAUGUAGCCACAAAUACCAACUCUCGUCAACUGGCCGACGUAUGUUAGCUAGCUGCUAACUUAGCUAGUCAGGGUAAGCUGCCUGCCUUAGACACCCUCUGGGCAGGAAUUCUGGACGACUUCGAUUUAAGUGGUUGCUAUUGGUCACAGUGCAAUAAUUUAUUUAGAAUAUGGACUCUGCUGCGAAGCUCAAGAUGACAAAGGACAUGAAACUUCAUCGGCCUGAAGUAAAGUCAAGUGGUGAUGGUCCAAAGCGGAUUCCAAUGUCACAUCAGUCACAGAUGGCUGUAGUUACCCCAACUCCGCAUCAGCGUGUCCUGGGUCUGUCAAAUGGACCUCAGCGCAUACAGCGGCCUGUAAGCCAAAAACCGGUAUCUCAUGUCGCUGUGAAGUCCACACAACACACCGAUCAGAAUGUGAACCCUGCUACUCGGAAAGGAAAUCCUGCACCACAGCCCAAACAAGCUUCCCAGCUAAACCAGCCAACAACAUGUGUGCUCAAGGUGAAACCACAGCCAGCCAAACCACAGCCGGCCAAACCACCAUCGGAAUCUGCAAAGCACGAGAAGCCACAGAACACACCUGCCAAGACUGAAUCUGAAAAGGCCUCUGAUUCAAGCAAGCGGUGGAGCCUGGAAAAUUUUGACAUUGGCCGACCCUUAGGAAAGGGUAAAUUUGGCAAUGUCUAUCUGGCCAGAGAGCGACAGAGCAAGUUCAUCUUGGCCCUGAAGGUGCUUUUCAAGAAGCAGCUGGAGAAGGCUGGUGUAGAGCACCAGCUGAGGAGAGAAGUGGAGAUCCAGUCUCACCUCAGGCACCCCAACAUCCUACGUCUCUAUGGUUACUUCCAUGAUUCAUCUCGUGUGUAUCUCAUCCUUGAGUUUGCGCCCAAAGGUGAACUGUACGGUGAGCUGCAGCGCUGUGGAAGCUUUCCUGAGGACAGAAGUGCCACAUACAUCACGGAGCUCGCAGAUGCCCUCAACUAUUGCCACUCCAAGAAGGUGAUUCACAGGGACAUCAAACCAGAGAACCUGCUACUGGGCGCCAAUGGGGAGCUGAAGAUUGCAGAUUUUGGCUGGUCUGUUCACACACCCUCUUCCAGGAGAUCCACUCUGUGUGGAACACUGGACUACUUGCCUCCAGAGAUGAUUGAGGGAAAAACUCACGAUGAGAAGGUGGACCUGUGGAGUCUGGGCGUCCUUUGCUACGAGUUCCUGGUUGGAAAACCUCCAUUUGAGUCAAAAACUCAUGAGGACACCUACCGUAGGAUAUCAAGGGUGGAGUACACUUACCCUGCACAGUUCAAUAUCAGUGCUGGAGCCAAAGAUUUGAUUGCCAAGCUGCUGAAGCACAACCCUAUGCAAAGACUACCUAUCCAGGGAGUCCUGCAACACGCCUGGGUGGUGGAGUGCUCCACCAAGAAGCCAACAACCCUGAACAACGAAGAGCCACCACAAUGAUCCUUUAUGUUCCCCUCCACCCCACAUCUGAGGGUGGAGUAGUGCAGAACACUGGCUUUUGUGUGCAGCUGAUUGGUCAAAAUCUGCUUGUAUGCCGACAACAAAAUCACUUCAUGUGUAUGUUUUUGUUAUCUUGAGCCACUUGGUUACCUUUUUCUUUCCUUUUUUUAUUGUCUUCUUACAUUUCCUUGUCUUACCAAUGGCAUAUUGUUGCCUGUAAAUAUUUCACUGUUUGUGUAAUUAUGAAAUUUUAUUGAGUUUCUCUAAAAUGCCAUUACUUGAAAUAAAGAUAAAUUAUCUUUCAUGGAAUAUGUCACUUUCGAAUUAAGCAUUUUUAUGUCUGUUGGGAAUGAUUUUAUGUUAGUCUUCCAUGCAUUUCAAGCUCUCAGUUAAUUAUCUCAAGUACUUGAUGAACAAGACUUUGCACGAACAUUCACGAGUGAGAUGCCUCCAUCAACACUAGUACUG